AUGCAGAUCGGACCUGGCAUGAGCGGUUACGCCUGGACGCCGCCCCGUGGUUCGGCCGACGCCCACACCGCCGAAAGGGCCGCCGAACGCGCCGAAGAGCUCCUAGUCGGCUUCUACGACGAGAUAGCCGAACGGCACGGCGUCACUGACGGUGGUAUCGUUAUGGGCGGCUUCUCCCAAGGCGGUAAUGAUGACCUACAGGUUCGGUCUUCCCAGACCUGA